AACGCGACGUAUAGCACACGGUUAUGCGACGCGAGUGAGUGCCGCAGUGUUGUGGGGCAGAGGCCCAUACGUUCGAAAAUAGAAAACGGAAAAAUUGACCCCCAGAUGGGAGUGUACGAAGAGAGGGGAGCGAUGCACUGGCAACAGAGUGAGCGGUACCUAUCUUCUGCAUACGAGACAGGCGCCGAGUUAUCUCCUGUUGCCCCUGCUGCAUCACCUGGCUCACCUCGUGACUGCACGUCGUGUCACAAGAGGGAGCCACCAGAUGAACCGCCACCCCCGCCGGCAGAGGACGGCUGUGCCGGUUGCGGCACCCGAAUAACGGAUCGAUACUACUUACUUGCCCUCGAACGUCGCUGGCACACCCCUUGCCUGAGGUGCUGCGAGUGUAAAAUGCCGCUAGACUCGGAACAACGCUGUUACGCUAGAGAUAGCAAUAUUUUCUGCAAAAACGAUUAUUUAAGGUUAUACGGAUCAAAACGAUGUGCGCGAUGCAAUACCCAAAUCUCAGCGUCAGAGUUGGUGAUGCGGGCGCGGGACCUGGUGUUCCAUGUACAUUGCUUCUCUUGUGCACUUUGCAGUACCAGACUUACGAAGGGAGAUACGUUUGGCAUACGAGAUUCGGCUGUAUACUGCAGGCUACAUUAUGAAACAAUGCCAGACUAUGGAGCCCACAUGACCAUGCCAGGACCUCCUCAAAUGUGCCCAGGCCCCUACGCUGGUCCCCCACAGGGACCUCACUAUCCUCCUUACCCCUCGCCCGACUUUGCACGGGUCGAAGCUGAAGUUCCUAAAGGCCCAUUCUUCAAUGGCGCGACGGCACCUCCACCACGACAAAAAGGGCGACCAAGAAAAAAGAAGCCAAAGGAUCAAGACCUAAUGACAGCUAAUCUUGAUUUGAAUCCUGAUUACCUGGAGAUGGGCUUCCGGGGUGGAGGUGGCCUGGGUGCUACCUCACGCACCAAACGCAUGCGGACCAGCUUCAAACAUCACCAGCUGAGAACAAUGAAGUCGUACUUCGCAAUCAACCAUAAUCCCGAUGCAAAAGAUCUCAAACAGCUGAGCCAGAAGACUGGUCUUCCUAAAAGAGUAUUACAGGUAUGGUUCCAAAAUGCUCGAGCCAAGUGGCGGCGCAUGGUGACAAAACAAGAAAACAAGAUGGCGGACAAAUGCUCUCCGGACGCAUCAAUGGAGAUGGACAUGUACCACGGCCCGAUGGGAUCCAUUCAGUCACUACCUCCACACAGCCCGCCAUACAGUGUUAUGGGUGGUCCUCCAAGUCCAAACUCUAUGGAUUGUCCAUAGCCCCAGUUUUGCGCCUUAUGAGCGCUGUGCAACUAGUUGGGACUGUUCCUAAAUGCAUUGUAAAACUCCUAGCGAUCUAGUGAAACCCCGAACUAUGAGACUGUAUAUAAUGACGCUAAAUAAGGUUACGAUAUCAACGUAAGUACUUACCUACAGUACCUUUAUCUGUAGAUUUAUUCGAUUUGUUUACUCUGAUUGUGAAGUGGUUGUUAAUGAUAGCAUUAUGCCAUCAGGUAUGUAUUAAAUGAUGGAAUCUCAAUAAUUAUAAGUAUGCUGCCAUUGCAGCCUCUUAAAAGUUUCGUUUUGGUUUAUUAUCACGUGACUCUUAGAUAAGUUCUGCCAGGACACUGUAAAUAGCGGACAAUAUAAAACUAACCAGAUUAGUUUUAAUAGAGAUUUUACCCUGGAAGAUUACAAGUACGCACAUCCGUCCUUAAUCAGCUGUUUAUUAGCAAUCUCCUGUUUGCUUUACAUAAUUUUCUCCACGGCAUAUAUUCAACCAAACAGGCUAGUAUUGAUAUCAAAACUAAACAGGUACUAACAAUGUAAAAUAAUACAUGUACAGUCUUGCAUAAAGUUUCAAAUGAUAAAAUGCAAAAGAAUCACCUACAGUUACGAGAGCUUCUAACCCCCUUUUCAUAAAGUGCUCUGUCUCUUUUCAACACAAAUUAACCACAAUUGUACAGACAAAGACGGAGAACAUUAACAAGAGAGUAUAGUUUGAUUGUUUUCAUUUUGUAAAUAAAAAUUGCUGCUUGUAGGAAUUUUCCAUAUCAAUACCUUCUCUAUAUAUAGCUACCAGUUUUCAUAAAAUGACAAGUACUAUGGUAACAAUAAUCUCUUAUUGUGGUCAGUGAUUAACUGAAUGUUAUGUAAAGUUUGACGAACCGAAACGGUUUUAAUAUAUACUAUUUAUUUAUUGCAUAAAUUAAUAAUUUAAAACGUAGAUGUUAUUUAAGAUAAGUAGUUAAAUAUGAAAAUUUCCAUAAUAUAAUGUUUAGUGAUAUGACUAGUAUUAAGAAACUAGAUUGGCAAGCGUGUAAUCGAAUGUUAUGAAAUACCGUAGUUUUAAGAUUCGUAAGUAGAAAUGUAUGCCAGAUAAUACACGCACUGGUAGUUCCUUUUUUGUAUAAAUUUAUAUAAUAAUCAAUGAAGUAAUGAAGAGAUAUUUAGCGUUAUGUAAGCGAUUCUUUCCAUUAAAUCAGUAGAACGUAGUGUAAUGUAAACUUAGAAACUAAAAUACUGUAGAAUCAAAAUUUGCUAACGCAGUUCCCGCUUGGAUACACUUCCUCAUGUCACAAAAAAUAUUAUAAUGAUCUGUUAAUAAAAACUAUUACAUUUUU